AUGGAACUUCUUAUAUGCGGAAGAUUUGGAAACUUAAAUUUGACACCUAAAUCUACGAAGUUGAGGAUCAGUCCAGUCUGUUUGGAAGCGAAUAAUGAAACUCUAUUUAUUUUGGACUCUGAAGGAAACGUUCACUAUUCUGAACUCAAAGGAACUUAUAUCGAUUUGAUUCAAAUCCCAUUGAGGUUAAAAUCAAUUUCUAUAAGUUGUGGAAAGGAGCAUUGUGCGCUGAUUACAGAUACAAGGGAACUCUAUACAUGAGGAAACGGCGAUUCUGGAGCUUUAGGCUUAGGAAACACCCAAAGCGCCCAUGAACCACAAAAAAUCACUUUUUCUCGUGAUUAUCAAAUUGAAAAAAUCAGUUGUGGAGGGUGACAUACGCUUGGCUUAUUCAGGAAACACUCAUCAGCUACUUGCCUAUUGGUGUUUGGAAGAGGGAAUGAAGGACAGCUAGGCACUGGACGAUCCUCAAGAGAGCUAACUCCUGUAAAGGUAGAACUUAUGGAGAGUGUCUGCGAUAUAAGCUCAGGAAUCAGCCAUUCUGCUGCUAUAGGGAAUUCAGGAAGCUUAUAUACAGCUGGAUUUAACCGAUUUGGGCAGCUUGGAUUAGGCCAUAAGAAAAAUUCUUAUAAAUUUGAAAGAGUUAGACUGGAAAAUGUCGAGCAAGUGUCAUGCGGCCAUCAUACUGCCGCAAUAAGCCAAGGAAAACUAUAGAAAUUGCCCAAUGAUGGCGCUCAAUGCGCCAUCAUCGGGCAAAGUCUUUUCAGGGUCCACACAGGAAAUGGGCUCCACGUAUUGAACCCUUUUUAACACAUAGAAAAUCCUCACUUCCACACCUUGAACCCAUUUCCCAUGUGGACUCUUAAAUGACGUUGCACGAUGAUGGCGCAUUGAGCGCCAUCAUCGGGCAAUCAGUAUAUAUAUAUGGGGAACAGGGGUAUUUGGAGAAUUUUUAGAGCCAAAUUUGGUGAGCAGCGUAAAUGAAAGCAUUGUAAAAGUUACUGUUGGAGAAUGUUCUGGUGCUGCUGUAGAUGUGAGUAAGAAAUUAUGGACUUGGGGAAGUAACAUUACAUUACAUUAGAAUUUAUAUCGCUUAACGUCCACUACGGGGUUACAACUCCAGGUUUAUCACUCGCCUUUCGUCGCAUCGGGCCCACCAGUCUGCUGGAGACAAACUCGCUUUGAUCACCAGGGUGCUUCCAGGGCAAAUGUCCACGUCUUCGACGGCUCAUGGAUGAGCUACUUGCUUGUACAUGGGUUGCUUUUCCGAAAAAACCCAAAAAAUGGAUUUUUCUGGUCGGCUAUCGGCAAAAAAGGAAAAAUGCAAAGCCUGGGACGUAACGCCCAGUUUCACGCUAGGGAGUUGCCCGAAUGGUCCAGAGGACUUUGCUGGGCUUCCCCCUUUCCAACCUUGCACCCUCCUUCCCCACGAGGAAAAAUCCACCCCUGAGAAUAGACUUGGGCUAGGCUCUGAAAGCUACCAGAAUUGCUUACCUAGCAUUGCUGUCCAUCUCUGAAAUGGUAAAACCUUGCCGGAUAUAAUUAAAAUAUGAGUCGAGGCUGCAUGGCCGGAAGGCCAUGCCCAGACGAAGACGCCAUAUUUUAAUUAUACUUGGGGAAGUAACACACAUGGAGAACUAGGAACUGGAGAUUUAAAUCCCCAACCUGAGCCCACAAAGGUGCUUACAAGCUAUCAAAUCCUCUAUUCUGUAAUGACUCCAUCGUUUUCAGCAGUAAUUUCUAAAAAAGUCAAUUUAUCAUCAAGUUUCGCUUUCAACUCUACAAAACUAACAGCAUCAAGUCCAAACAAUGUUGCUUCAUUAUCCUCUUAUUUUAAAAGUCCAUCUCCUACCAGAGAUGAAAGAGACUCUCUAAUGACAACAGAAAAAAUAAACAUAAGACUUCCGCCACCUGAUAAAGACGCAAUCAAAAUUAUUGUAAAUGACCCAGAAGAGGAGCAGAACAGUUCAAGGUCUUAUAGGAGCAGUUCAAAAGGAAAUCAAAAAAGGACUUAUACAGAUGAGGCGAGUAGUGCUCGAUACUAUGAAAAUCUUUCUGCAAGAGGAAGUCAAAAGAGAAUUGACACAGAAGAGGUAAAAAAUAGUGCUCGAUACUAUGAAAACCCUUCUGGACUAGGAAAUCAAAAAGCUAAUGAAGUCUCUAGCAGAAGAAAAGAAGGAUUAUCAACAGAAGAAUAUGAUCAAAAAUUAGCAGCAAGAGGAAAUGUUAGCAGGCGUGAAGAAGAGAUAAUAGAAAAUCGUAGAGAAGAAGAAUAUGGCAGAGAGUAUGAAGACGAAGGAAUAGAGGGCAAAAUAAACUCAGCGCGAUCUCAAAAAGCAGAAAACUAUGAAACUCAAAAAGCGUCGAAAUAUGAAGAGGGAGCAGAAUCUGAUAAGAAAAAAAGAGCCAAUCAGGAGGAAAGAGAUGUUAAGUACGAAAUGAAAAAGAUUGUAGAGGAAAAUCAUAUUUUACGACAAGACUUUGAUGCCCUGAAGCAAGAAAAUGAGAAUCUGAGGUUUAGGCUGCUAGAUACUCAAAGCCGGGUUCAAUAUGUAAUUCAUCCUGAUGCAAUCGAGGAAUUAAAAAACGAAAAUAAAGCGCUGAAAGAAACAGUCAACUCUUUUAAUGAAGAACAAGCUAAAUAUUUCGAUAUAAUUGGAGCUGAACGGCAGGAAAAAGAAUCACUUGAAGAAAUUCUGGCUAGUGUUAAGGAAGAGCUUGAGACCAUAAAAGAUGAAAAUGUUUCGCUGAAUGAAGAAAAUUAUUAUUUGAAUCAAAAAUUAGAACAGCUUGUUCAAGAAUGCAACGAAAAAUCGUCACUUGAAGAAAUCCUUGCUCAGACAAAGCAAGAAUUUGAGUCAAGCUCAGAGACGCUAAAAAAUGAAAAUGCAGCUUUAAGCAAAGAAAAUUAUGAUUUAAAUGAGAGCUUAAAGCAAAUUACUAUAGAAAAAGAAUCGUUGGAAGAUAUGUUGGCUCACACCAAACAAGAGUAUGAAUCGAGUUUAGAAACUUUGAAAAAAGAAAAUAUAUCGUUAAGUGAAGAAAAUUAUGAUUUGCAUCAGCGAUUAGAGCAGCUGGCUCACGAAAAUCACGACAUAUUAAUAAAAGUUGCAGAUCUUGAAGAGUUAUUAAAUAAUACAAAUCUGCAGUUAUGUGAUAGUCAAUCACAAACUGCUGCAUUAGAGCUUAAAAAUGAAAUUUUGCAAAAGCAAUUCCAAGAAGCUGAACUGUCAAAGCAUGGCCUCAUGGAAACUUUGGAAAGAGAUUUGGAAGCAAGGGCACGAGAUUAUAAAGAAAAAGCUAUAACUCCCCCCCCUCCGUGAGUGAACAAAACCAUUAGAAAAAUCACCAUUUUUUGCCAAAAACCCACCCUCCGUGAGUGAACAAAAAUUUUUUAAUAGAAAAAUUUUUUAUGGAAAAAAAAUUUGAUAUAUAAAUGAUAAUUAUUAUAAUGAAAUCUAAAGCUAAUUCUGUUUUAUUUUUAAACGAAUUGCUUUUUAAAACAUAAAUUUUAUAAAUUGAAUUAAUAUUUGCUUUCCAAUUUUUGCGAAUCAGGAUUUUUUUAAAUUUCGAAAAAAAAUAUUUUUUAUAAAAUUUAUAUAUAAAUUUUAUAAAAAAAAAAAUUAACCCCCCUCCGUGAGUGAACAAAAUUUUUUUGUUCACUUACGGAGGGGGGUGGAGUAAGCAUUUUGUCAACUCCCCCGCCUGAGCUUGAAGAAUCUCGAGAAGACACUCCAUUGCAUAUUGCAAGUCUCGGAAAUCACUCAAUUGAAGAACCAUAUGAGAAAGCUUAUGAUCAAAGUGAUGAAGAAACUUUACCUCCCCGAUCAUUUAAAACUAAUCGCAGAGGACUAUCAGCACAGCACCAAUUGAGAAUUUCUCGAUCUGCAGCCAAAAAGAUGAAAAUCGACGAUGAUCCAUUUCCGGAGCUGAGGUCUUCAUCACCUCUGACUCCAAGAGAAUCAAUUGUAUUUGAGCCUAAACAUACAUUCCCAAAAAUGUCAAGUUCUGGUGGUGGAUUAGAAGAUAUCAAAAAUAAGGUGAAAGCUCUGAAAAAGGAUAAAAUGAUGCUCCAAAAUGAAAUCCAUAGAUAUGAAAAGAGGUUUCAUGCAUAG